AUGGGCUGGGGAGGAGGAAGCACUCUCACUCCCGCUGGGGCCUCUGUCCAGGAACCCCCAUUGGCCCAGCCGUCCCUGGGGAGCCCCAUCCCACGUGCCCCGCACCCCGUGUCUGUCAGCACCGAUCAGGGUCUCCCAGACACCUCCUCUGGGGUUGCCAUGGGGACGAGUGGGAGGGUGAGUGUGGCGCAUACAGCUGUCUGUGGACACACAGAGGGCAUGCACACGUGUGUCUGUGCUCACCUGCAUGUGUUCACAUGGACUGGGCACUGCUGGAGGUGUCUACACAGUGGUGUACACGGACCCCCCUGCAGAUGUGCACACGCCCAGCAAGGCCAUGUCCACAGGCGUGUAUGUGUUCUCGCACCAGAAAGUGGGUCACGCCCCACACCACACACCGUACACUCUGCCCCUGGAGCACGCACCUGCCUGGGUGCACCAGGCAGUCUAAGCCCAUGUCACCUAUGUGUACACGUAUGUGCACAUACCUACUCAGGCACACCAGUGUGUGUACACGCCUGCCCAGGCUCUUGGAAUCGGGCACUUUCUGAGGCUGCCCUGAUGGGCGUUCCCUUCCCCAGCCAGUACAUCCUCUCUUCUUAA